ACGAACCGAUAUCCAUACAUUACACACAUGGGGAUUGUUGUUGGAUGAACAGUGCUGUGUACAACGAAACUGUGUACAUUGGGAACUACAAUGGUCACGGGCUUGCGGUAUGAGAUGAAGACAAGGAAGACAGGUCAGCGGGAUAUACAUUAUUUUAAAUAAUUAGAAAUUAACACCAGCUGUCAUUAAAUUGCCUACCUGCAUCCAAUGACAGAUACCAUUCAUCUCCGAACUAUAUCGACUGUCUGAUCUGCUAAUGAGUUUGAACUUGGUCUGUAGGUCUGUGCUCCUACAAAGUGUUAUAACAACGAUAUAGAGUCAGAUUCCAGUGUAGGAGUGUAGAUAUCAGCAACAUGCCCCUGUCAGACUUCCUGGACGGCCUGAAGGAUAACCCCUACUUUGGGGCUGGCUUCGGACUGGUCGGGGUUGGGACAGCGUUGGCAGUGGCCAGGAAAGGUGCCCAGGUGGGGAUGAUCUUCUUCCGCAGACACUACAUGAUCACUCUGGAGGUCCCCAGCAGGGACAAGAGCUACAACUGGCUGCUGAGCUGGAUCACCAAGCACGCCAGGCACACUCAGCACCUGAGCGUGGAGACCUCUUACCUGGCACAUGAGAGUGGACGGGUGCACACGCAGUUUGACUUCCACCCAAGCCCUGGGAACCACAUCAUCUGGUAUGGGAGGAAGUGGAUCAGGGUGGAGAGGACCAGAGAGAAGCAGAUGGUGGAUCUGCACACUGGAACGCCAUGGGAGUCCGUCACUUUCACUGCUUUAGGCAGAGACAGACAAAUCUUCUUUAAUAUCUUGCAAGAAGCAAGAGAACUGGCCCUGAAGCAGGAGGAGGGGCGGACAGUAAUGUACACAGCCAUGGGUGCUGAGUGGAGGCCCUUUGGAUUUCCACGGCGACGCAGACCCCUCAGCUCUGUGGUCCUGGAGUCUGGUUUGGCCGAAAGGAUUGUAGACGAUGUGAAGGACUUUAUUGGAAACCCCAAGUGGUACACAGACAGAGGCAUCCCCUACAGAAGAGGAUAUCUGCUCUAUGGACCCCCAGGAUGCGGUAAAAGUAGCUUUAUCACGGCGCUGGCAGGCGAGCUGGGCUACAGCAUAUGUCUGAUGAGUCUGAGUGACCGAACCCUUUCUGAUGACCGUCUGAACCACCUCCUCAGCGUGGCACCGCAGCAAAGCAUCAUACUGUUGGAGGAUGUAGAUGCAGCCUUUGUCAGCCGAGAUUUGCUUCCCACAGAGAACCCUCUGGCCUACCAGGGAAUGGGAAGACUGACCUUCAGUGGUCUCCUAAACUCUCUGGAUGGAGUGGCUUCAUCUGAGGCCAGAAUAGUUUUUAUGACCACCAACUUCAUUGACAGGUUAGACGCAGCGCUGAUCCGGCCCGGCCGUGUGGAUCUGAAGCAGUACAUUGGCCACUGCACACACUGGCAGCUCACCCAGAUGUUCUGGCGGUUUUACCCUGAGGAACCUGCUUCGGAGGGAGAGCGGUUUGCGGAGCGUGCGUUAGCCGCUCACUCUGAGAUCAGUGCUGCUCAGGUACAAGGACACUUUCUGCUGCACAAAAUGGACCCUGCAGGAUCUAUAGACAAUGUUGCCCAAAUAAAAGGAUGAUAGGACUGGAAGAUGUCUGGAGGCUGAUUACUGAAUAAAGAGAGAUAUGAGAAACACGA